UGUCAUUGGAUGACCAAAAAAGAUCGUGGCCAUUCAAAUUCGCUCUUUAUCUCCUGUAAACCUUUAUCGAUUUUUUUCCCUUCCCAAACGUCAAAUAAAGCUUGGCUGCUCGCAUAAAACCACUUGCCAUCUAUGUACUCAACGUAUGACGGUGACCAACUUGCUCCGCCCUUGGCCAAAAACCGUUUGGCCAAGCUCAUUCCCGAUCAGAAUAUAACCGUCAUUCCCGAAUUCACACUCGAGUCCGGUGUCACCCUCAAGGACGUACCUGUCGCAUGGAAAUCAUGGGGAAAAUUAAAUGAACAAGCUGAUAACUGCAUGGUUAUCUGCCACGCGUUAACUGGAAGUGCCGAUGUGGAGGAUUGGUGGGGACCAUUGAUGGGGCCCCGACGAGCGUUUGAUCCUACGAAAUUUUUCAUUGUUUGUUGCAAUGUGAUGGGUUCUCCUUACGGUUCUGCUUCGCCACUCACUAUCAACACCGAUACCGACGAACGUUACGGACCUGAAUUCCCACUGGCCAGUGUCCGAGAUGACGUGCGUCUGCAUCGUCUGAUUCUCGAUCAUUUAGGCGUCAAACAAGUGGCUAUUUGUAUUGGAGGAUCCAUGGGUGGCAUGCAGGUACUUGAAUGGGCAUUCAUGGGAAAGGACUAUGUGCGCACCAUCGUCCCGAUUGCUACUUCUGGUCGUCAUUCAGCCUGGGGUAUCAGCUGGGGUGAAGCCCAACGACAAUCCAUCUACAGUGAUCCCAAUUACGGGGAUGGCUAUUACACGGAUGAAUUGCCACCUAACGUAGGUUUGGCAGCGGCUCGCAUGUCGGCUCUGCUUACCUAUCGAUCACGGAAUUCCUUCGAGUCUCGAUUUGGCCGCAAAUCCGCCGAUAAAAAGUACCAGACCGCUCGACCUUCUUCGCCUCGCGAAGCUUAUCGCAUGAUUCACAAUGACGGCCAUAAAAGUACCAGUCCGCCUGCCGCGCCUGCCAUUGGCAGCGAUCACACCACCAUUAACGACCCUCCCAUGCCCACCCCUUUUGUAUUCUCCGCUCAAUCUUAUCUGCGUUAUCAGGGUGACAAAUUCAUUAACCGCUUUGACGCCAACUGUUACAUUGCAUUGACGCGUAAGAUGGAUUCUCACGAUUUAUCGCGGGCACGGGAAGGGGCUUACGAAGACAUUUUGGCGUCUGUACAACAACCCACUUUAGUCAUCGGCAUUGAAUCCGACGGCCUAUUCACGAUUUCGGAACAGUAUGAGCUGGCAGAAAAUAUCCCCGACGCGGAAAUGAUUGUCAUUCAAUCGCCCGAUGGUCAUGACGGUUUCUUACUGGAGUUUGAUCAAAUCAACCGACAUUUACUCUCCUUUAUCCAACGUGUCUUGCCGGAAUUGUACCAGCACAGUGUUAUUAGUGAAUCCGAAAUGGAAGAACAGGAGUUGAAGGCGACCAAGACCAGUUUGUUUGGUGAAGCCGAAGUCGAUAUUACACAGUGGUAGAAGAAAAUUGUUUCUUCCGUUGUAAUUUUGAAUCUCUUGCACCAUUCCCUUUUUAAUCCCUGUAACUGUUAGAAUUUUUAAUUUAUUCGUUGUUUCUUUUCUUUUUCACUCAUGUUUUCAAAAAUUGUACGAUAGUAAAAAAAAAUGUUCCACCCUUCCAUCCUCCAUACGCUAUGGAUGUUGUCGUUUCUUCCAAUUGCACU